AAUGAUAAUAAAUAAGUGAUAUUAUAGUAUUAUUUUAGUGAAAAGGAGAAAGAAAGAAAAAAAAGGAAAACAUUGGAAAGUGUCACUUGAUUUAAUCUGUAUUGUUGAUGCAAUUGUAUUGCCAGCAAUGUUGACAUGUGAAAGUCACAAAGAAAGAGGGAGUGAUGAUGGUGGCAGGGUUGGAGGUCACGCCAGCCACACCAAUGCUUUUGUAUUUUGGAUUAUAAAACCAUUCCUCGUCCCUGCUUAACAUUUUCAUUCCUCUCUUCACACUCUUGUUUUGCUCUUCCCUCGCUCUGCACUGCACACACAACAUGAACGGGAAAGCCUCCAUCUCUAAGGAGCUCAAUGCCAAACACGCCAAGGUUUCAUCUGUUUAUAUUAUCUAUCUUGGAAGGACUUCUUAAGCUGCCCGAGAACAGGGAAUGUGCAGACUGCCGGAACAGGGCACCGCGAUGGGCUAGUGUUAACCUAGGGAUUUUCAUUUGCAUGCAAUGUUCAGGAAUUCACCGAAGCCUUGGAGUUCAUAUAUCGAAGGUGCGGUCCACAACUUUAGAUACGUGGUUACCGGACCAAGUUUCUUUCAUGCAAUUCAUGGGCAAUGUAAAGUCAAAUAGGCACUGGGAAGCAGAAAUGCCACCAAAUUUUGAUAGAAGUAAAUUGGCAAUGGAGAAGUUUAUCCGUAUGAAGUAUGUAGAGAAAAGAUGGGCUUCAAAAGAUGAAGAGCAAUCAACAUCAAAUGGAGGCAUUAUGAAGAACAACAGGAGACUCUCUCUUGAAGAAAGCAUUCUUGCAAACCACGUCGUACAAAUUCUACCCCCAAUAACAAGACCUCGAGGGGGCUUUAUAGACACGCAAAAGAAGAAUUCUCCUCCAUUUAAAAGGCCAUCCUCAUCUGUUGAUUUUGACAAGUCUACAAAGAGCAUCGCUACUGGGAACAUUUUCAACUUGCUUUGCAUCUAUGACGAUAACAAAAAUUUCUCAACAGUGCCACCUUCAACUUGGGCAACAUUUGAUUGAGAAGCUUCAGGAUUUUAAUUCAUAGCCUUUUCAAUUAAUCCUUGGUGUAGAUUUCACAACAUUAUAGUUUCUUUUGAAGCUGUGAAGUGGGCUUGAGCGUUUUGCUGCAAAAGGUUUGUUUGAGUACAAUGUUUUGAACCGGACAUGAGCAUUUGUUGUUGAAAUUGCGCAACUUGAAUUACAUUGUAGUUCAUUGUUCUUACAACAUUACCUAAUCUGAGAUGUAUAAGAGGAGGGAGGACAUAGUAGUUAUAUUUCUUCUGUAACGAAGUUUUCCUCACUAGAACAAAACAAUAAACUGUAAGUCUAAUAUAAAUUAACCAACGUUUGUCCAACUCUUUUUUCUUUUUCUGUCAAAAUAAAUGGACAUUGUUAGCAUUACAGUGAAUUUUA